AUGGAGGCAGUUGUCAACGGGUCAGUCGCGGCCAAACGCCCGAGUGCGCGGUCAACAACGCUCGAUGCGGAUGCAGCCAGGGACCUGCUCAACUAUUUUGAGAUUGACGAGAACGAGAAGGAGUUCCUCAUCUCCGCCAUCACGUCCAGCAAGGCGCACGAGGACGAGGUCAAGGCCCUGCUGCACGACCGCGCCUUCUCUUCUCACACGUCCGAGGAUGACACGUCUGAGGAUGACGACAACCAAAAUGACAACGCACCAGCCGGCCGGCAUUACAUACCGUGGAGGACACCCGAGAACCCAGAAGCCCCACCAAUGGACGAGAACACCGCCCGCAACCUGCUCUGCGGUUUCAACAUCGACGAUGACCUGAGGGAAUUUCUCAUGGCCAUCAUCAUGUCCGGCAAGGUUUUUGAGGAUGAUCUCAGGCACCUCUACAAGAUCGGCCUCUCGGCCGGCUGGGAGACCUUUCAGGCGCAGGUGCAGUGUGCAAAGUCACUGAGGGACAAGGUUCUGGCAAGGCACUACGGCGAUGACCUCACGUUGUAUCUGGGGAUGAUGAGGGAGUCGGACCAGAUCCCGGACUUCAAGGAGAAGUACUGGCCCCUGGGGGCACCUGCACUCAACGCCAGUCACAAGCUCGUCGCCGGCAAACAUCUCUGGGGCGGCCUGGCGGAUGGAAACACGACGAGCCUGCAGAGCAUCCAACUGGUUCAUGAUGAUGACAGCCAAGUCAACAACGGCAUCGUGCCCAUGGACAAACCUCCGCCGGACUGGGUGGCAAGCAGCCCCCAGCCCACCAAGACAGCAAGCGAUGCGACCACCAAGAAGACCAAGACCAAGAAGCAGGGGACAGAGCAGGCUCCAGCUUCCGCCAACGACGCCAGGUUUGAGGUCGUGUGCCCUAUCCGACGGCAGGAUGGGUCCAUUUGUAACAAGCGGUGCUACGACGGAAAGGCGUACCGCUCCAUGCAGGAGCACAUCCGCAAAGUCCACAAAGACCACUACAUACCAGGGCUCAAUGCGAACGAGGAAAGCUUCCGCCGCAUGGUCAACAACACACCUGGCGCGGAACCCAACCUACAGCAGGCCACAGGCGGAGCCAAGGGCGCGGGUGAGCAAGCAGGAGGGGCGGGCGCUCAACUGAUCAGGCCGGCUGACUUGUCCAUGCCGUUGGCCAAUGGCGCGGCUCCUGACGCGGGAAAGCAGCAGCGGGUGACCAAGAAGGCGAAACAGUCGCACGAGAAAACCCUUGCAAAAUCACCGUUCUUCGUCGAGCAGGGACAUAAUCUGAUGGAUGUCAACGCUUCCGUGCCCGUUUCUGGAAUGAUGCCAGUACAGCCUGCUCUUGGCGGCCCAUUCGACGAGAGGCAGUUCCUGUCGCAAUUUGAUCGAGGCCAAGAUGGAUUCGGAUCAAUGGCACUGGGAUUAGAUGCCACCAUAUCCCAGAGCCUGUUCCCACAGCAUGUCGAUGGCAUAGCCCAAUGUGCUAUGCCGCCAGAUCGGAAGAGGAAGCGCGACGACGCAGGAACCGACGCGCUAGACCAGUCCUCGACCCAAAAUCUGCAGUACGGGCUGAAUGGCUCGACUGGCGAGGUCUACAACCCACCGGUAGAUCCCAGCCUUUUCUUCCAGACCCUGCCGUCGCACCCAGCACCUCCUGUCGCGCCCGAUGUAUUCGACGAGAUGAUAGAUAUCCUCGGCCAGCUGCAGGAGGCUUCGCGAGAGAACAAUGCCACACGAGAGGUGAUGGGCCCGAACACUGGGCACUACAACCCACCGGCCGAGUCCACGACCCUCCAAGCCCUGUCAGCCAAGCGGAACCCCUUUGCUACUCCCACACCCGCCACAAAAGUGAAACCCGCUGCCCAGAAACAGACUGCAUCUCACUUCUUUGUGUCUCCCACAAGCAAGAAGAUCGACGAGGCACGAACCGCCGCAGUGACGCCGAGUCCGACUCCAAAGAAGACAAGCCGGCCCCCCAGGAACACCGUGUCGGCGCUGCCCAUCCCCCCACUGGCAGGGGACAGAUUCGGCCUUGUCCAGGAGGAACUGGCUGGUCAGCCCUUUCGCCUGCUGGUUGCUGUCACCUUCCUGAUUAGAACUCCCGGGAGGGUCGCGAUCCCCGUGUUCCGCCAGCUCAUGGAGCGCUAUUCCACGGCGCAGGCCCUCGCCGAGGCGGACCCGGCUGAUAUCGAGGCUCUGAUGCAUCAUCUCGGUCUGUCUAAUCAACGGACCAAGACGAUCCAGAAGUAUGCGCGGACGUGGCUCGAGCGGCCACCGUCCAGGGAUGUACGUUACGGGGUCAAGGACUACCCGCAAAAGGGCGAUGGGAAGGAUGUCCGCGCGGGUGAGAUAUUUGGGCCCGAGGACCACUCCGGCACGGACAAGGGUGACGGCAUCGUUGGCAGCCCCGACUCCUCCAAGGAGAACGAUCCCCAGGCCAAGACCACUGCUAGGGGACACGGUGCGGCCUGGGAGAUCGGGCAUCUGACGACGGGCCGGUACGCGCUCGACUCGUGGCGGAUAUUCUGCCGGGACGUGCUCCUGGGUCGCGCGCAGGACUGGAAGGGCAAGGGCCGCGACCCUACCUUCCAGCCAGAGUGGAUGCGCGUCCUGCCCGAGGACAAGGAGCUGCGGGCCUGUCUGCGCUGGAUGUGGAUGAAGGAGGGCUGGGAGUGGGACCCCAGGACAGGGGAGAAGACGCCACUGAGGGAGGAGAUGCGCCGGGCAGUCGAUGAGGGCCGGGUCGCCUACGACAAUCAGGGCCAGCUACAGAUUUUGGAAAAAGUGGGCGGUCAGGUGGAUGGUAGCGGAGCGGCUUGA